UUUAUCAAAAAGUAAAUCACCGACUGGUAGAUGAUUAUGACAAUAGAAAUAGAAAUUUUCCUACGCAGCAGUUGUUCUCGGACUAUAUAGUGAGGGCGACGGGACGACGGUGUUACUUCAAUAAUUUGUUGUCAUAAGGGGCUGCUAACUAAAGAAACAUCAGUCUAUUAAAGUCACAAACAAAUUAAAGAUGCAAGUCUUGCAUGCGUUUAUUUGCAUGGUGCUGUUGCUAGGCAACACCUUCGCCGCAUGCCCACAUACACAGACUGGUCUGAAAAAAUGGUCAGAUGCUGCCACCUGGGGAACAGCCGGGAAACCGACGGAAGGACAAAAUGUCGUCAUAAAUGAUAAGAUUUUAAUGGAUGAAAGUCCGCCAUCUUUGUACAACGUCACAAUAAAUGCCGGUGCAUUGCUGACAUUUAAUCCUGACGUCACCAUAGAUUUCCGUGCCGGGAACAUAUUUGUAGAUGGAACAUUUGAAAUCGGAAGUAGCGAUUGUCCAUAUAACGGCUCACUUACCAUCACACUUACAGGAACUCGACAAGAACAUGAAGGAGAAGCAGAGCCGAAGGGAAUCAUAGUGAAUUCAGGAGCUACCUUUAACAUUUAUGGCGAGCCUCGGUUGGCUUGGACCAAGCUGACUAAGCAUAUUCGACCCCCAACAACAAGGGCAGAUGGCAUUUUAUUCGAACAUAAGCUCGAACCAAGUUACCAGGUUGACGGAAACGGUGUGUUUGCCUAUACAUUUACGAUUAACGGAACUGACGUCACGGUGAAGACAUCUGGGCUUUAUUUUAUGAAAACCCAGGCUACUGAACUGGCUGCACAAAUAAAUGCUGUCGCUGAUGGCGAGGUUUUUAUGCUGGCCUCUCAGGAAAAAGUGUCCUACAAGGAUCCAAGCAAACAAGACACUUCGGCGUUUGAAGCUUUAGAGACAUUAGCUGGAAUGUCUGGAAAUUGUCUCCUGCGAAGCGUUACACAAGAUGGCGCCACCUACGCAUUCAUUAUUAAGAAAGGAACACCAAGCAGUCUCCAGGAAGUAACCAACCCACUUGGUACUACAUCAUCAGUUAAGUAUAAAGACAGUGACGAUCUGUUUUUCACUGCUGAGUCUAUAGGGGACACAGCCAUCUUUAGACAGACAGUAAAUUUCCAAGUUGCCAGUAUAAAUGCGAUUUACCCAAAGGUUGACUUACUGGAUGACUGUACAACAUGGCGUGAUGGUGACAAGAUAGCAUUUGCAUCCACGGAUUAUGACCCUGAACAAUCAGAGGAGAGGACCAUUGUACAUUGUCGAGAUUGUACCGUCAAUCAAAUCAGAAUCAAUGAGCCUCUGAAAUUUUGGCAUUAUGGUCAGAUCUAUAAAAAUCUGGACAUGAGAGGAGAAGUUGCAUUGUUGAGCCGUAAAAUUGUGAUACGCGGAGAGGUGCAGUCCACAUGCCCGACAUAUAACGGAAACUGUGCCAAAGAGGCUGUCCGAAACAUGGAUACGUUUGGAGGUCACAUCCUGUUAUUGAAAGGAUUUAUAUCGGCUAAGAUCGAGAACAUCGAACUGUAUAAUAUGGGACAACAAAUGAAUCUAGGACGUUACCCAAUACAUUUCCACUUGUGUCUGGGGGAUGCAAGGGGCUCAUAUGUUAAAGGCUGCAGUAUCCACAACACGUUCGCUAGAUGUGUUACAAUACAUGCCACGCACGAAAUCUUGGUACAAGACAACGUAUGUUAUGAUCACCUGGGACAUGGAUUCUUCUUGGAGGAUGGUGCCGAAUUCAACAAUACAUUCGACGGUAAUCUUGUGUUCAAUACCAGGAAGGGAACUGGUGAUCUUGAACCUAGCGAUGUAGAACCCGCCGGCAUGUGGAUAACGAAUCCUCACACGUACAUUCGGAACAACGUAGCGGCUGGAGGAGAAGGUUUCGGUAUCUGGGUGCUGUUCCCGCUCGAACCCUUACCACCAUCAAGACAGUACAACCUAAUGUCACCUUAUGAAGCCAGAAAAACGAAUCUACUCGAGUAUACCAACAACGUGGCUCACUCUAACAUCGGGAUGGGCAUGAAACUCGGUGGAAGAAUUGAGGAAGAUCGCACCACAUAUUGUUGUAAUAACUGGCAACCAUUGGAAAAUCCAAAAGAUAAUGGUUCCAAGCCAAUCGAUGUAUACUUUGAACGUAUUUCAGGAUACAAGAAUAGUAAAUUUAACCUUUGGUUUGAGGGCAGUUUACUCCAAGUGUCGAAAAUUUCGACAGCUGACAGUAUUAGCGGUGUUAUAAUCUCAAACGAAAAGAUGACAGCAUUUGCGGGAAGACUUCAUCAUUCCGUAAUUAUAGGAGAAAGCGACAAUUACGGUGUUCCCGGAGUAAACUUCACUAGAAGCUUCCCAUUACAUGGAAAAAUCUAUGAUCCACAUUCUGGACUGGCAAUGUGGAGAGGACCAUGUAGAUAUGAUAACCUCUACUUUGACGGCUACCCGCCAAAUAAACAUUAUGAUAUUGCAGCUAUAAUGAAGAAGAGAGUGGAACGCUACUAUUUCUCGGUGACAAAUAAUUUCAAAGACAUACAAUUUGCCUUUGAUGACGAGCCUAAUGGUGCCGCUUACGCCAUGUCCGGAAACAAGACGGAUAUAGGCUGGGAGAAACAGAAAGAUGGAGAACUAGUAAUGGGUUUUACAUGGUAUAAGAAAACGGGCAAUGUAACGGAAAAAUGGUAUAUAGUUAAGCCAGACGUUUUGUCCCGAACUGCAGACGAUUGCAAAUUGAGACCAAAUUGGAGAUUGGCGUUUUGCAAGACCAAAUAUGGAAAUUUCCGAGUAAACGGAAAUUUCUUCAAUCUGGGAUCACGUGGUAUUUACGUCCUCGACAAAUACCCUGUCGGACAACAGGAGUAUAUUCUGGAGAAGGCAGGGGGGCCUCAAAUUGUAAUUGAUGGGACUCGGUCUUACACAUUCCAUACAGUAGGAGAAGUUCCGAAUUGGAUGAAAAUGACAGCAGAAGGACUUGAAGUGGGAGACAAAGUAAGAAUAGGUUUUUGUGUACCUAAAGGAGCAACAUGGACAUUAAGCUCCUCGUACCCUCUGAAAUUAAAAAAAAUGGCCGAUUUCAUAGAAGUAGAUUCACUCGCUGAACUUGACAAAGACGAGCCUGGCAGGAACGGAAAGAAGUAUUACUUCGACAAUGCCACUAGCAUGGUUUACUACAAAUUCUAUGGUGCUACAAACCGAUCAGAGAAUGAUAACCAGGUAUGUGGUGGUGGUAUAUGCCCGAUGAUACAGCUCACAUUGGCUGGUAAUCUUUCUGCAAACAAUGGCGAUUGUAGGUCUACCCUUUACAGCGCAGAGCAGAUGGCCCUUGUCCCGCCUGAGUUACCAUUACUGACUGAAACGUUUGUGGCAAAUGCUGGACCAGAACCUCCUGCGGAUUUCGGUCACGGGUCUUCCCGACCUUUUACUAGUCGAUCAGCAGUAAAUGGUAAAAACGGCCAAUGGUCUGAGUGGUCAUCUUGUUCGGUAACUUGCGGAAGUGGAUAUCAGUAUAAAAAACGUGAAUGCAACAACCCGAUGCCGCAACAUGGUGGAACCCCGUGCCCCACACCCCAUUAUAGAGAGCGCAACUGUAAAUUAGAUGCAUGCACAUGAGAAGGAAGUCGUCCAACAAAAAAUGGAUAUAUGAGACCUAAGAUUUUAUGAUAUAAGUAACAACUGUAAUAAACUUAUACGAGUAGCA